UGUCAUUCCCUUGUAUUUUAACAAAAUUCAUGUGAUGUAUGUGGGUGUUUUAUAGAUACAAAAUUCGUGUGAUGUAUGUGGGUUUUAUUGGUACAUCUCAGAAGAAUACAUAACUAUUUAACUUAAUUUUUGACUCAAUGAAUCUUAAAGUUGAACAGUUAUUUUUAAAUCUUUUGUUGCAUACGUAUAAACGGAGAUAUAUUUACUGAUUUUUUAAAAACCAUUAGAGAGAGGAGAAGAAAAUAAGACACCUGUGUUAUCUUGGAAUGACGAUGAAGAGUACAUUGGUAUUUUUCAUUAUAUCUUUAGUAUCGGUUUCUUAUGCAGAAAAUCUAUGUUGCUCUUACCCGUGUCAAAAUGGUGGAGUUUGCCUUACAAAGGGAUUCAAUGAUUAUGAGUGUGAUUGUACAAACACUGACUUUUAUGGAAGAUAUUGUGAAGUUUCUACCUUUUCAAAAAGAAUAAAGUUAUGGUUGAAGCCCUCGCCGUCAACAUUACACAAUCUGUUGGUAGGGAAUAAAUGGUUCUGGAAUAUUGUCAAUAGUAUACCUUUCAUGAGGAAGUUCAUCAUGAAGAGAGUUUAUACCAUAAGAGCAGACAUAAUUGAUAGUCCUCCUACAUAUGACAACGAACAUUCGUACAUCACCCUUGAUGCAAAUUACAACCUAUCAUUUUUUACAAGGACAUUACCACCAGUCCCCAUUGAGUGCCCAACCCCAAUGGGCGUGGCAGGAAAGACAAAAUUACCAGAUAUUGAUGAACUGGUUCAAAAAUUAUUUGUCCGGGAGAAGUUUAAGCCAGAACCAAGAGGAACAAGUGCUUUGUUUAGCUUCUUUGCUCAACACUUCACGCAUCAGUUUUUUAAAACCGAUAUCAAACGUGGACCACAGUACCAAUGGGGAGGUCAUGGGGUUGAUAUGACACAUGUGUACGGCAAAGACAAACACGAUGAACAUCUACUCAGAUCUUUUAAAGAUGGAAAAUUAAAAUUCCAAACUAUAAAUAAUGAAGACUGGCCACCAUUAAAUAAGGAUGUCGGGGUGGAAAUGAAAUACAUCAUGCCAGUCAAAGAAGACAGCAACUUUGCCCUUGGUCACUCAUUUUUUGGUAAUCUUCCUGGACUUUUUAUGUAUGCUACAAUUUGGAUGAGAGAACAUAAUCGUGUGUGUGAUGUUAUGAAGAAGGAACAUCCAGAUUGGGAAGAUGAGAGACUCUUUCAGACAGGAAAAAUGAUAUUAUUGGGGGCGACAAUCAGAAUAGUGGUUGAGGAAUAUAUACAACAGUUGAGUAAUUACAACUUCAAACUUCUGUUCGAUCCUACCUUGUUAUUUGGCGAACCGUUUCAGUACCAGAACCGUGUUGCAUUGGAAUUUAAUCAUUUGUAUCAUUGGCAUCCAUUGAUGCCAGAUGAAUUUAAUAUUGGAGGGACAAAUUAUACUAUAAAGGACUUUUUGGUCAAUCCAAGGAUUGUUAUAAAACAUGGAAUGGCUACCUUUGUGGACUCAUUGUCGAAACAAAAUGCUGGAUCUAUCACAGUGAAGAAUCAUGGGAAAUACACAUUGAAUGUUGUAAAGGAAUUAAUGAAACAUGGCCGCACAUUACGUCUACAAUCUUUUAAUAAUUAUAGAAAACGUUUUAAUUUACCACCGCAUAAAUCAUUUCAAGAAUUAACAGGUAAUAAAAAGUUAGCCAAAGUAUUAGAAAACUUUUAUGGAGAUAUCGAUGCUGUUGAGUUUUAUGUUGGACUCAUAACUGAGAAACGUCGACCCAAAGCUGUAUUUGGCGAAACAAUAGUUGAAAUGGGCGCACCAUAUUCUCUUAAGGGACUCAUGGCCAAUCCGAUAUGUAGUCCUAAGUAUUGGAAACCUUCCACUUUCGGAGGAGAUGUAGGAUGGGAAAUAGUUAAUACAGCAACGUUACAGAAACUGUUUUGUCAAAAUUUGAAAGAAGAUUGUCCAGUGGUGUCAUUUAAAGUUCCUGAUUUUGUAGAACAAGAAAAACAUCUCGAUGAUUGUGAAGGCGACUGCCAACAACAUGGAGGUGAAUUGUGAUACUCAUAUCAUUGUGUGUUUUUAUGUUCAACUAUGUUUGUAUAUUUGAAUGCAUAACGUGUCAUUUAUUUGCGAUUUGAGCAGAGUUCCAAAUAACUGCAUAUAAGCAUCAACACUUUAUCAGAGUUUCAUUGCUUAAAUUAUUUUGUAUAUUGUGAAUUCGUUUAAUUUUCUUCCUGGGGAUUUUUUAUUUUAUUUUAAGAAUUGAGUCCCUAUUGUUUCUACUAUCAAAAGAGAAUUUUUCACAAGUAUAUACUGUCAUACAAGAAUUCCAGAAUUCAAGCUUAGAUAUUUUGAUGGCAAAAAUAAUGAAGGGUACACAAAUUUGUCAUGUGGAUUACUUUAAAAGGUUCAUUGACUACCUGUAAAGAUUUAACAUUGAAAAUUAUAUAUUUGAUUUAUACAAAUAAGAGUUAUAAUCUGAAUUGGAAAUAAUUGAUGUAAUUGACACAAAUUAGAUAUUUAAUCUGGAAUAUAACCAUGUAUGGAUUAUAAAUAGAUAAAGAACGUGUGGUAAUUACUAAACUGAGUAUUACGAAGCAUGUUAUAAAAGUAUUUGUUAAUUAAGCGGAACCCAGUAACAGUAGAUUAACAUGUUUUUUGUAUUACUGUAUGACUAAAUUGUAUAUCGGUACCAGUCUCAAGUUUUGGACUGUUUUAUUAUGUUUUGUGUCUCUAUGAAUAUCAAGUCUUCUCGAAUGAGUUUGAGCCUGCGUGUCUUUCCUUAAAAGUUCACAUUCAAACAUUAUAUACAUUGGCCAUCUCAUUCUAUAUUCUUUACCUUUCGAUGAACAAUAUAAAAUCGGGGCAGAAAGUCCACAUUGCUUAUGGUGUUUUUGAAGUCAAUUCCAUCUCAACAUCGCCACCAGAUUUAAUACAUUCCUAUAUUAUCACAUUUCUAUAAACUAUUUGAUUGGCCUGUAUGUAAUAACUAAACCGUCUAGCAGUAUGGUAUAUAGGAGGUAGGAACUUAAUUGUAAAUAAAAAAAUGUAUAAAUAUAGUGGCGUGUUUCAAUAUAUGUAUAUAUAUAAUUUUAUUUUAUAUCGGUAUAGUUUUGUAAAUUUUCGUUAGACAUUGUUCCAUUUGUGUUACAUUAUCUAUACAUAUAUUUUUAUUUAUUUUGAUGCAUAAUAAAGUUUAAAGAACCCCAAA